GACGAUACGAACUCAGACUAUAUCGUUUCGAUUAAAUUGGUCGUUCGAGUGAUGCGAUUUUUUUGAUCGAAAGGCCGAGUGAAAACCCACCGGAAAAAGGACGCCUGGAACAUGUCGAAACAGCCGCACCAGGAGAAGAAACUUAGCAUGCGCGGCGGCAUAUUCCUCAUGAAGGGCGUCGCCCUAUUUCUAGCGGCGGCGGGCAAAUCCUCCAAAACGCUCCAACAGCCCGCCGAGUCUUCGGCGGCGCCGGGCAAAGCUCGCAGGAAGAUGAACGACAAGGACUCCUGCAAGUGCUCCGCGAAGAUCCUGGAGGCCGCCAAGAGGGACACCCUGCUUAACAGGAAGGAAAUCGAGUCGCUCUACAGGAUCUACAAGAGAUUAAUCACUUUCAACAAGAAGCAGCCUCAAGGGGAGCUACCGAGUUCUACUCCAUCGACUGCUGUUAUCGGUAAACCACCGACUGUAACAGAGGGCAUCGAUAGGACGGUGUUCAGGGAAGUCCUGCACAACACCUUCGACAUACUGACGGAAAACGUCGUCAUGGAUCGGAUUUUCUGCGUUUGGGACAAGCAAAACUGCGGCCUGAUCACGAUAGACAACUGGUUGAAAGGGCUGUCUUUGUUCCUGAAGGGCAGCGUUAGAGAUAAAAUUCUCUACUGCUUCGCUGUGUACGAUUUGAACGGGGACGGGUUCAUAACCAAAGACGAAAUGUUCCUGUUGUUAAGGAAUUGCUUGAUAAAGCACCCGCAGGAGGAGGACCCGGACGAGAGCGUGAAAGAUUUGGUGGACAUCGUCAUGCGGAAGGUAGAUAAGGACAAAGACGGGAAAGUAUCGCUGGAGGAUUUCCAGCGGACCGUGCAGGAAGAACCGCUGCUGCUGGAGGCUUUCGGAAAGUGCCUUCCCUCCGAAGAAUCGAAAAUGACAUUCUUGAAUACAUUGAAAAUCUAAAGGUCCUAAAUUGUUGGAGGGAAUGGCUCCAGCGACGAACGCUGCAUCGUAGACGGGCGGCGAUGUCUCACAUUCCGGAAUUUUGCACCUAAAAAAACGAUUCCAAAAUAAAUA